AUGGAGUCAGAUGAUGAGUGCGAAUUGGACUCCACAUGGGAAGACGAAUACGAACAUAAAACACCCAGAAAGAAGGUGUUGCACAGGAGAAGCUGCAGGAACAUGAAUGCUGCAAAGGAGAUGCAAGACUUUCGACAUAGUUGCAGAGGCCGCUUCUAUAACUUGGACUUUUACAAUGGUCGAAUAAAAUCUUCACAUGACGAUGUUUACAUUGAUGAAUUUCACCAGCAGUGGUGGGGUGAAUAUGAGAAGCUGGAAAUAGUUUUGACCUACAUUCAUUGGCUGUUUCCAUUACAAGAAAAAGGAAGAAACUUGAGAGCACAUGAGCUCACAAAAAAGGAAAUAAAGUGUUUCCAUAAAGAUAAACAAGCAAAGAGUAAAUUGGUGAAAUCAUAUAAGCUCAUGUUGGAUUUCUACGGUAUAUGUUUAGUCGAUGAAUCAACAGGAGAUGUGGAACGGGCUCCUAACUGGAAGGAUCGCUUUAGAAACCUGAACAGAUAUUCACACAACAACCUUCGCAUCACACGCAUCUUGAAGUGUCUGGGGACUCUAGGAUUGAAGCACUACCAGGCCCCACUGGUCAAGUUCUUCCUCCAUGAAACUCUUGUGGUGGGACACCUUCAAAGUCUAAAACAAAGUGUACUAGAUUACUUUAUGUUUGCUGUUUUGGACAAGUCAGAGAGACGAGAGCUGGUUAGAUUUGCCUUUAAGCAUUUCAAGCCCCAAGAACAGUUUGUCUGGGGCCCCAAGAAGAUUCUGUCAGAUGAGGUACAUAGCAAAAGUUAAAAAUUCAGUCAUGCUACAUGUAAUAAGCAGCAAAGUGAGUGAACAGCAGGGACAAAAUAAAUGAAGGAAAAACGUAAUUAUAGUGAACUGUCAAAAUAUACUGUAUACCUUGAAUGCAGUGGAGGUUACUUUGGGCAAAAGUGUCUGCCAAAUGCAUAAAUGUAAAUGUGAAAACAAUAAAAGCAUAGAAAAGUGAGAUGAAAAGAUAAUAUUGAUGAUGGUGAUGUUAAUAUGACAACAGCUACAUCACCAAGCAUGUCUUGUGAUGCUCCUGAUGAUAGAGGUUUCAGCAUUUGUUCCUUUAUUUUUUUAUUUAUUUUAUUAAUUAAAUGAAAACUUCUGUUGAUGAAUCAAGGCUGCACUAUAGGAAAAUUAGCACCAGUAAAUGUUUAAAUCAUUUUAACAUUUUUAUGUAUGAUUUUUUUUUAAUGAUUGUUGCUUAUUUUGAAUAAUUCAGAAACAUGCUUGCACGAAUAUUCACUUUUGUAAAGUGUGUACGCUUGUGGACCAGUGGGAAUAAACAGUUUACAA